GAGGACCCCCGCCGAGUCGCGUCUGCGUCUCCAGCACUGCCUUAGGUUAUGAUGAUGUCAGACAUUGCUAAAGACAGAACGGCUCAUUUACUGAAGAAGAGGGGCAGUGUGUCUUCUUUAAGUAGUCAUGAGUUCCAGCGGAAAGAGCCUCGUGGGCGCACCAAAGACUCUCUGAGUACAGUGUCUUAUAUGGAUGAACCUAGCCAACAUGAAGAUGCCCUUCACCUCGCAGUUCAGAUGGAAAACACCUACCAACUGGGUCCUACCAAACAUUUUCCUGUUGUCAUUGUCAAUCAUAUUCUGAAAGAUGUGUUAACUAACUACCUACAAGAAGAAAAAUAUGAACCAGAGCUCUGUAGACAGAUGACUAAAACGCUUUCUGAGAUUAUUAAAGCCCAGAUCAAGGACUUGAUGAUUCCACGAUAUAAGCUAAUUGUGAUGGUUCACAUUGGACAACUGACUGGCCAGAGCAUACUGAUUGGAAGCAGAUGCCUCUGGGAUCCUAAAAAUGAUACCUUUGCAUCUUACAUUUUCAGAAAUUCUUCUCUGUUUGCUCUUGCAAAUGUCUACACAGUUUACUUUGAGUGA